AAGAAAAAGCGAGAGACCAACGCAUUAACAUUACAUUCGAGACCUUUGUUUUCUUUUCCAGCAGUCUCCCAUCUUUUUGCCCUGCACAUUUUCUUUACUCUCUCUCUCUCUCUCUCUCUCGUUGCCCUUCGCUCAAACUUCCUUUCGAAGAGAUGAAAAACUGAAAUAAUAGCCGCGGCCCGCUGAUUGAAGAGAUUAGAGGCUUAGUCCUCCGAGUUAUGAGGGUCUGAACCAGUGAAAGGAAAGAAAUGGAUGGUGCACAGGAAGAGCUGGAGAGGAGGAGCAAGUUCCUCAAUGGUUUAAUACAGAAGAAGAAAGCGAUUGAGCAGCAAGAGCAGCAUGAUCGCCUGAACGUGCGCGUUAGAGCCUGUGACAUGCCGCUUCCUUUGCAGAACUGUGCCUUUCGCUGCGCACGUGACCAACUCGACUCCAUGCCCGGCAAGCUUGACAGUAAACGCCUCGCCCUCGCGCUUAAGAAGGAAUUUGACUCUUCAUAUGGUCCAGCUUGGCACUGCAUUGUAGGAACUAGCUUUGGCUCAUAUGUCACACAUUCCUUAGGGGGCUUCUUGUAUUUUUCAAUUGACAAGGUUUACAUCCUUCUCUUCAAGACUGCGGUUGAGCCUUUAGAACAUUGACAGCUUGAAAUCUGAAUGUAUUCAACUGUGUGUUUUAUUAAAUCAAAUACCUCCACUGUCAAUUUAUAUGUGGGAUGAUAGACUAAAAUUCAUAAACAGCUGUAUUGUCUCUUGUGGUCUUUCAUUCUGUAUCUAUGACCCUCCUUAGUUUAAGUGCAUAAGGGAGUGAGAGUUUGUUGAGAUUAGUUGUACAGUAUACUUGUGUAAAUUAUUGAAAAUUUUUGUUAUGGCCAUAAGUUGUCA